GAAAAAAAAAAAAACCUUCCACCGUAAAGGUUUAAAUGUGCCAUUUGUACACUUUAUAAAGUAGCGGAAACCGCUUUCAUCUCCCGUUUCGAUGCUAGCAAAGAAAUUAAACUAUAAAAGUUGUUCACAUUUGUUUCCAGUUGAGGAAGCGCUUUUGAGAGAAUGACUUUAUGUGACCGCGGAUGACCUCCCUCCAGAGCCGUUUGUGUGGAGGAGCCAUGGGGGAGAUGGUGGAGCCGCAGUAGCCCCAGCAUCAUCAUGGAUCUCUCCAAGCGGACGCUACCUGGCAUCCACCUGUAGCGUCCACCGGCUGCGGCAUGGCAAAUCCGAGCCUGGGCCCACAAAAACAGAUGGACGGCCGCUCCGGGGUAUCUGCUGGAGUCGUUGUGAAGAACGGAUCUUUGGGCAACGAAUCGAGCGCCUCCAACUCGUAUGACAAACCCAGCUGUGCUUUAGGCAGCGAGCUGGUCCUGCCCAGCUACAAGCCGUCCUGCUCCUCCACUCCCAUCUACUACAGCAGUCCCCAGAAAAACUGCUCCGACUUGGACCCGGACCGCCACAGCUUGACCUCACAGGACUCGGGAAUCCCCACUCUGGAGAUCAACCCUCCGGACCACGGCCACCAUCACCCGGCAGACGCCGCCGAAGACUGUCCCGCCACUUUACCCCUGGACGAUAACCUGGCCGACAGCAAUGGCAUGCACAGGUCCUCCACCUUCCCCCGCAGCGGCUACGACUCCGUUCGACACUUCAGUCCCACCGUCAGGCUGACGGCCGCGUCGGGGCUGAGCGUGGGGGGCGGAGCCCUGAACCGCAGUGACGACAUCUCGGUGUGCAGUGUGUCGAGCAUGAGCACCGAGCUGUCCGUCUCCAACGAGGACAUCCUGGACUUCACUGUCACUUCGGAUUCCAGCGCCAUUGUAACCCUGGAAACGGAUCUUAGUGGCUCGGCCCACUUCUCGGACGUGGCGCUGUCAUCGCCACCACCGGGAGAUUUCCGGAGUCCCGGGCGAGGGCGUUCGGGGACGGGCGGCAUGCAGCUGGACGACGGAAAGCUCAAGAAACUGGGAGCUUUUUCCAAUUUGUUCAACAGGAACCUGUUUGCCAAGAAAGUGAAGGACAGUAAUCCUGUGGAGCAGAAAGAUCCGGGUUGGAAGCUGUUUGGGAAGAUCCCGCCCCGGGAAGGCCCCCUAAAGGACCCCAAGAAAAUCCAAAAGGAAUAUGAAACAAAGAGUGGCAAAGCUGGACCUGGCAACCCGACGUCCCCCAGGCAGGGAGUGAGGAAGAACCUGGACUUCGAGCCCCUCUCCACCACCGCGCUCAUCCUGGAGGACAGACCUGCUAAUCUGCCCGCCAAACCUGCAGAGGAGGCCCAGAAACACCGACAGCAGUAUGAGGAGAUGGUGGCCCAGGCCAAGAAGAGAGAGCUGAAGGAAGCUCAGAAAAGGAAGAAGCAGCUGGAGGAUCGCUGUAAGCUGGAGGAGAGCAUCGGCACGGCGGCCCAGAUCUGGAACCAGGAAAUCCUACCCAACUGGAGCACAAUGUGUACCUCCCGGCGAGUGAGAGACCUCUGGUGGCAAGGCAUCCCUCCAAGUGUCAGGGGGAAAGUGUGGAGCCUGGCUGUGGGCAACGAGCUGAACAUCACACAUGAGCUGUAUAACAUUUGUCUGGCCCGGGCGAAGGAGAAGUGGAGAAGCACAGCAGUUCCCACCACUGACACCGAAGACGUUUUAGAUUCUUCGGACCGCGAGUCGAGCCUGGAGCUCAUCAAGCUGGACAUCUCCAGAACUUUCCCCCAACUGUGCAUCUUCCAGCAGGGUGGGCCUUAUUAUGAUGUGCUGCACAGCAUUCUGGGAGCGUACACGUGCUACCGGCCAGACGUCGGCUAUGUGCAGGGGAUGUCGUUCAUCGCCGCCGUGCUCAUCCUCAAUCUGGACACAGCCGACGCCUUCAUAGCUUUUGCCAACCUGCUCAACAAGCCCUGUCAGAUGGCCUUCUUCAGAGUCGACCACAGCCUUAUGUUGACGUACUUUGCAGCGUUUGAAGUGUUCUUUGAAGAAAAUCUACCAAAGCUCUUUGCACAUUUCAAGAAAAACAGCUUGACUCCUGAUAUUUAUUUAAUUGACUGGAUCUUCACACUGUACAGUAAGUCUUUGCCACUGGACCUGGCGUGCCGCGUGUGGGACGUGUUCUGCAGGGACAGCGAGGAGUUCCUGUUCCGCACGGCGCUGGGCGUGCUGCGCCUCUACCAGGACGUCCUGACCUCCAUGGACUUCAUCCACAUGGCUCAGUUCCUCACCCGCCUCCCUGACCUCAUCCCCCCUGAGCAGCUCUUCCAGCACAUCGCAGCCGUUCACAUGACCAGCCGCAACAGGAAGUGGGCCCAGGUCCUACAGACGCUGACAGAUCAGAAAAAAUCCGGAGCGAGGCUGUCUGGAGCCGAGGCGCUGAGCUGAGGUCAGAGGGAAGGUCACACACUAAUCCACUCAGAUCCCCUCCAGCUUUCAGGGCAUCCUGCACCUGAAAGAGACAGAGACGCCCCCUCCCCCCACCUCCCAUCAACUUGUGGGUGGGAAGUAAACUACUGUAGCUGCUGAGAUGGAGCUCUCCUUCGUAUCGCCGCUCAGGCCCUUAACCAGCAUCCACCAGGAGGGUCUGCCGGUCAAGAAGCACCGAGAGGUGAAAGGAAUACGAGGCCUUAUUUUCCUUUUACUCCCCAACACCCACCACGAAGCCCAGCAGUGAACUGGAAACUGUAGCUGGGAAACGGUGAAGAAUGUAUCGCACUCCCACUGUCAUGAACACCAGGCUCAGUCAGAGGGAGGAAACCACAGAGGUACCACUGAAGUUCCUCCACCAGUCCCUCCACCCGGCGCCGGGUCCUCUGCUGUCAGCUACCUGAACCGCGUUCCACUCGUCUUGUCUCUUUCUUCCUCUGGUUACCAUGACGAGAUUCACAAACUCCUUUUUUUUCUUUUUUCUUGUCUUUUUUUUCCCAGAUGUGUACCAGUCAGGGAACAUCACUCUUAUCUGUAAUUCCCACCUUUUGCUUUCAAAAAGGCCAUGCUUGUUUAUAAUGUGGCCAGUGGAUUCUGUUUGCACAUCUAUCAUUCCCUCAUGGUGUGUGUGAGUGUGUUUUAUUUAAUUAGUCAGGCUUGUUUUCUGAAUCAUUCCAUUCUGUCGCGUUAAAAUCCACGAAGCUGCAACUCGAUCACAUGCUGACUCUGCAGCUUCUAUCCAACAUGUAAGUAAUGAGAACUCUUCAUCGAGGUCGUAUAAGCUGCCUGGAAAAUUCUUUUUAUUUUUGCAUCAAUGAAACUGGGUUAACUUUUUAAAAAAGUGGUGAAGUUGGUCUGAACACUGCAGAUGUUGAUUUCUUUUUCAUGCUUUUAAUGUGUUUGUGGUACAUUUCAGCUUUGUAGUGUCCUGGAGUGUGAUGUCUUUUUGUGCUGUUAUUUAAUAUUUAUCGAAAAUGUGACGAGACAUAAAAUCGAAAUGAAGGAUGUGGCGAAGUUCCUCCUCAGCAAGCGAGAGGAGUGUGAACAUGUUGCAGCAGACAAACCGACACGUGCAACUAUGUUUUACUGUUGAGACGGAACCGGUUUACUUGAUUUACUAAGUGAUCGAAGAAACAUUUUAUUAGUCUUUGUUAAAAUUUGUCCACAUGAUAGCUGUGAUGGUAAAAUGAACUCUGGGUUCUCAAGCAAAAUCUGCAGUUUUAGAGUGUGCAAGUUCUGCCUAGCUGAUACUAUAAGAAGGAGCCGUCAGGGGCUGAUGGUGACAGUUUGAGCUUUAAUAUAAAGUAUAAUUCAUGUCUGAAGCUGCAAUGUCAUUGAUUUUUAAACAUGAAUGCAUGAAUUGAUGAAGUUUCCCAACAAACUAUUUUUCUUACAUUUUCUUUUAGCACUUUCUUCCUUGAAGCAGCCAUAUUGGAUCUUGAAGUUGCAUCUGGGGAGGCUCCUCCCACUUUUAGACUAGUCUCCUCCCACUUUUGGAACAGGCUUCAACAUAUUUUGAAGAACACAUGUAGACAUAGGCUACUGUAAGUUUCUCACAGUAUGUAAGUAGCUCUUAACUGGAACUUUGUUAAAUUAAACUUUUUUUUCCCAAGUGUGAAUUAAGAAGCUGUGAAUUAUUGCUUUAAUACAAGAAACUCCCCCACGUAAACACACAUUAACACACUACACAGCUGCUCCUGGUUUAAACUCUGCUGCUCCGAAGCGCAGCAGGAUGAGUUCAAAGUACGACUGGCUGUAAAAGUCUUGGAUGUUGGGGAUCAGAUGUUGACUCUGCUUCAGUCAGACCUCUGUGGCCUUCACAGUGGAUUCACACUGUGGUAAACGUGUCAUCCCAUCAUAACCAGGUGACGCCUGCAUUUACAUUGCUGUCAUCUGUAAAGUUAAAGUAAGGAUCCACAUAAAACACCUAAAUAUGUAUUUCUUGAAACUUUUCUUGAUUAUUCUUUUUUUUAAGCCCCAUUUUUAACCUAAUCAGGUUGAAAGCAUAGAAAUCUGAUUGGAUCUGAAGGUAAACUGUGGAUAAAAUGACUGCUUCCUCUUGCUUGUUUUGCUGCUGAUUUUUUUAUUUUUUGAGGCUACUUUUGUUUUCUGUGAAAAUCUCCUCAGUGGGACCGCGCUCUCUAAGUACACCGAAGUCUUGAGAUGACUUGAAACCAAAAAUCGGUUCUGACUUGUCGGAUUCUUCUCGCUCAUCUUUUGGCUGUCUCUAGACGGUUCUCUGUUUCUUUUCUGCUUUCACAUCAUCAUCUUUCUGCACUCCGCCCCUCUCCCCUCCACCCACCAUUCAACUCCUCCACUGUGGUUUUUUAAAAAAAACCACACAGGACUGCAAUAAAGCUUUUUGCACAAACAUGUCAGCCUUUGCAUUGAGUUGUGCCUCUCAUCAUCACUUCAUGUCAUCGGUCAUGGUUAAACGGGUUUCCGUCUUUUUGUUUUCGUGUUGUUCGCACUGACGUUGCCGUGCCGAUCUUUUCUCUGUAAUGUGUGCUUGUGUUAAGAAGGUAAUUGCACAAAGAUGUUGGUUUCUAACAUGUUACAUUAAAGGUAAAACCUGGUGUUAUCUAUCAACACUACCUGUCCUUUCUUUAAUCCACAGCACUUAAAACACACAAAAAUACUCAAUCAUCAGUGUCAUUUUCCUUGGCUCAGUAAUCAGGUUGAUUUGUUGGUUUUAUUUUAUAUCGUCACUUUUGUUUUGGUGUUUUCUCGAGACCCGUGUACUGUUGAGGACUGAGGGUCGUCAUGCAACUGUAUCUCACUUGAAAAUGUACAUAAAUGAUGGUUUUAUCAUAAUAAAAAGCUGUACAUACCCUC